AUGGCCUCGCCGAUUUCGGGGUUCAUCGCCGAGGCGGUCCUGCAACGGUUAGAGUCGCUGGUCUUCCAACACCACAAACCGAAGUUCUGUGCCCGGUAUGUGGAUGAUACCUUCGUCGUUAUCGACCGGGAUCAACUGCUGCCAUUCAAGGAACGUCUGAAUGCGGUCUUCCCGGACAUACAAUUUACGAUGGAGGAGGAAGAGAACAACCAGCUGGCCUUCCUGGAGGUCUUCGUAUGCCUCAAGGAUUGUGGUUGA